UAGAUCGGGGACCAGCUGGACUCCGCCGCCUCCCCCCUCCCAUUCCCCCAGCGCCAAAUCCACGUGAAGGCGAGAGCGCAGAGAGCACCACCACCGCCGAGAGGAUUGGUCCAGAGGAGCAAACCCUCCAAAGUUCGGCGGCAAUGGCGCUCUCUGACCGCUCCCGCGAGUCACUCCUACCGAGCUUCCUCUACUCCCCGGCGGCGACGAGGUCCUUCGCAGGCGCCUCCCGCUUUCCCGCCUCGCCCGCCGCGGCGGCGGCCUCGGCCCCGAGCGUAGCGGGAGGUGGCGCCCUGCCGUUCACGAUCCAGGCACCCAAUGAGAAGAUCGAGAUGUACUCGCCAGCGUUCUACGCCGCCUGCACGGCCGGAGGCAUCGCCAGCUGCGGGCUCACUCACAUGGCCGUCACGCCGCUCGACCUCGUCAAGUGCAACAUGCAGAUUGAUCCGGCAAAAUACAAGAGCAUCUCAUCUGGUUUUGGAAUACUGGCCAAGGAGCAAGGAGUGAGGGGCUUCUUCAGGGGGUGGGUGCCAACCCUGCUUGGCUACAGUGCCCAGGGAGCUUGCAAGUUUGGAUUCUAUGAAUUCUUUAAGAAAUACUACUCAGAUAUUGCUGGGCCUGAGUAUGCUCAGAAAUACAAGACCCUAAUAUACCUGGCUGGGUCGGCUUCUGCUGAGGUGAUUGCUGAUGUGGCUCUCUGCCCCUUUGAAGCCGUGAAGGUCCGUGUGCAGACACAACCUGGAUUUGCUCGUGGUCUCAGUGAUGGGCUCCCCAAGUUCAUCAAAUCUGAGGGUGCCUUGGGGCUUUACAAGGGAAUUGUCCCUCUCUGGGGUCGUCAGAUUCCUUAUACAAUGAUGAAGUUUGCUUCAUUUGAGACCAUUGUUGAACUUAUCUACAAGCAUGCUGUUCCUGUUCCAAAGUCAGAGUGUAGCAAACCUUUCCAAUUGGGUAUCAGCUUUGCCGGUGGCUACAUCGCUGGUGUUUUCUGUGCCAUUGUUUCUCACCCUGCUGAUAACUUGGUCUCUUUCCUGAACAAUGCCAAGGGUGCUACGGUCGGUGAUGCUGUUAAGAAGCUUGGCCUCUGGGGCCUCUUCACUCGUGGUCUUCCUCUUCGUAUUGUGAUGAUUGGUACUCUUACUGGAGCCCAGUGGGGUAUUUAUGAUGCAUUCAAAGUCAUGGUUGGACUGCCGACAACUGGAGGUGUCACGCCAGCACCAGCUCCUGCUACUGAGGAGGCUGCAUUGAAGGCCAGUGCAUGAUCUCGAUAUUAAGAUAUAACUAAACAAUCAUUCUUCACCGAGACAACUGUAUGCAUUCAUUACAUGAGUUCAACCCUACUUAUACGUUGAAUGUUUUAGAGGAUGGUUAUCUUCUGAACGAGAGCAACUUUCUAAGCCGGGAAUCAUAGCGUUCUGCUCAAGUGUACUGUUAGUGCUUGUAAUAAGUUUUAGGUGGGUAAAUUACUGUUAGGAGCCCAGGUUUUCCACCUGAGGCAAGGUUUAUUCAUGGUACACUGCCUGAAUGCCAUUCUGCCAUUCAUGUUCCCGAAGGAGUUAUUCUGUCAAUUUUGAUAUACAGUCAUGCAAGUGAUGGGAAGAUUCAAGCAGUCUGUUUCAGUAAGAUGCUUUUGUUUUUCCUCAAUCAAGAGUUGCUUGUGCAUUCUCAUUAAAUCAGCAUUCUGUUGUGCUAGCUACUUGUGGCAAGCAUGCUCUAGUUCAUAUCUUCGAUAAAUUCUCUGUACACUUAUUGAAGCUAAAGAUCCCU